GUUAAAAAUGACUUUGCGUUUCUCCUGCACCUCAGCGACCAGUACGACGCCCUGUACUCCAAACGCUUCGCCGUGUUUCUCUCGGAGGUCAGCGAAUGCCGCUUACGGCAGCUCAACCUCAACCACGAGUGGACGGCUGAUAAGCUCCGCGCUCGUCUGACACGCAACGCCGCCGAGAGGCUGGAGCUGCCCCUGUUCCUGCUUCCAGGAUUACCAGACACCGUGUUCGAGAUUUCCGAGGUCGAGUCGCUCAAACUGGAACUGAUCAGUAACGUGACGGUCCCCGGAACCGUAUCGCAGCUUACCGCCUUACAGGAGAUCGUGCUGAUCCACAGUCCGGCCAAGCUCCAGCUGGCGGCCCUCAGUCACCUGCGUGAGAAUCUGAAGGUUCUGCGCUUGGGCUUCGAGGGUCCGGAGCAGGUGCCGCUGUGGAUGUACACCUUACAGAGUCUAGAGGAGCUUCACCUGAGCGGCGCUCUGAGCGCUGAGCUCUCCCGCAGUCCGGCGCUGGACUCUUUACGAGACCUGAAGAACCUGCGAGUGCUGACCUUACGCUGCAAGCUGACCAAGAUACCGCCCAGUAUUGUGGAUGUGUCCAGUCAGCUCCAGAGACUGUGCGUUCACAACGAGGGGACCAGGCUCCAGGUCUACAACAGCCUGAAGAAGCUGGUGAACCUGAGCGCUCUGGAGCUGACGGGCUGCGGUCUGGAGCGGAUCCCCAGCGCCGUCUUCAGCCUGUCCCUCCUGCAGGAGCUGGACCUUCGAGAGAACCGGCUCAGCACCGUGGAAGAGAUCUUGAGUCUGCAGCACUGUCGCCGCCUGACCGUCCUCAGACUCUGGCACAACGACAUCUCCUGCGUCCCGGAGCACAUCAGCAAGCUCCGCGCGCUGGAGACACUGGACCUCAGCUGGAACAAGAUCCGCAGUCUUCCGCCGCGCCUCUGCUACUGCACCAAACUCCGACACCUGGACCUUUCCCACAACCAGCUGGCGUCUCUGCCCUCGGAGAUCGGCGUGCUUCAGUGUCUGCAGUUCCUCUCGGUGGCCUUUAACUCGCUGGAGAGUCUCCCCGAGGAGCUGUUCUCCUGUAAGAGGCUGCAGGUGCUGGCGCUGGGGAAUAACAGCAUCUCCUCGCUGUCUCCGCGGGUCGGGAAUCUGGCUCAGCUGGUUCGGCUGGAGCUGAAGGGAAACCGGCUGGAGUCUCUGCCUGCGGAGCUCGCCGACUGUCUCUCGCUCAGACUGGCCGCUGUGAUCGUGGAGGACGGUCUGACGGACCUUCUGCCUCCAGACGUGAAGGACAGAAUGAAGCGCAGAUAA